AUGGCCUUGGCGAAACGCACACGUUUUAUACUUGUACAAAGUAGACGUAACACUCAUGUAACUGAUGAUAAUAUGGAACCAUAUCAUGUCACUACAUUCCGACGAGCUACUUCGAUGUUACCAUUACCGAGAUUAUCAUCAGCUAAUUGCAUAGUACAAGAACAAGAGUUAUCACGUUGUUCUCGUUUAGUUUCAAAAUAUCAACGGCGAGAAAAAGACGAAGCACUAACAAAUAAAUUAUAUAAAUUAAAUAUGCAUACAAUGAGAAAAAAAUCUGCUCGAAUCAGUAUGCGUUUAUCAAGUGCAUUUGGUUUAUCUGCACAUACAAUCGAUGAACGGUUCAACUUUGAAGAACAACGAUUUCGUGCUAUUGAUAAAUUUCUAAGAUUAUUUGUUCGCAAUGCUUAUACUUGUAUGGAAGCACUAAAGGAAACUUUUGUCACAGAAGUUAAUGUUGCUGAAGAUUUUGAAGAAUUAUUAUCGGAUAAAAUACCUGAUUUAGCUCAACAAUUUGUGCAAUCGAAGCGUACAUUACUGGAGAAUGCUUUUACCGAAUUUUGUAAUCAUAUGGAAUCAUGUGUUGCCAAUCCAAUAAAUACAUUAAUAAAAUUAUUUGUUUUACCAUCGAAUUUAAUCGGUAAACGUCAUGAUAAACUAUUAGAUUAUGACAGUGCACAAUCUGCUUAUGAAAAAGCGAAAGAUCAACAGUCAAGACAAGCUAAACAAGUACUUGAUCUUGCUAAGAAAACCUAUGAAGCAUUGAACAGUCAAUUAUUAGAAGAAUUACCUAUUUUAUAUGAACGUAGUUGCGAAAUAUUAGCUUUAUGUUUGAAAGCAUUCAUCACCGGACAUCUUCGUUUAAUGCAACAUAUGAAAACAAAUAUUCAACAUGUACUUAAUCAAACAACAUCACCAGCUAGUUCAGGACAAUUAAGUUGGUUACAAAUAGUUGAAAGAUUUACAUCGAAAAAUAGUUCAGCAGCUGAACAAAUAUUUCAAUUGACAAUAACAGCAAAAAAUUUUUCGGAUAAAUUAAAAAAUUUAUCAUUUACUCGAAUGUCUUCGAUCAGUAGCGUUUAUAAUAGUAAUAAGGAUUCAAACAUACAAACAGAUGAAAUCAGACGUUUACUAAGGAGUCGUUAUCCGGAAAAAGAUCUUUAUACAGUUAUUAGAAAUUAUGGAAGUUCAACAAAUAAUCGAGCAAUGGAUAUAGUUGUUCGAAGUGGUGAUCUUGUUGCUGUCGUUAAUUCCAAUGAAGUGAAUGCGAAAGAUUCAAAUUGGUUUGUCGAUAAUGGAAUCACUCGUGGUUCAUUACCUCGUUCGCUACUUAUUUCUCUAUCAUCCGACGAUCGAUCCGGUCUUAUAUCUCAUACGCCACCAACUCCUCUUCGUCAUGAUAUAGGAAUACCAACACGAUCAUCUCAUCAUACGAACCCAGCAUUUAAUUAUGAUCAAUCUCACCAUGUAAAUUCGAAACCUGUACUAAGACGAGCUAACACAGAACCACAGCCCACACUAAUAAAUUCCUCCAAUGACUCCGAAAAUGAACGUAUUUAUUUAAAUCAAAUGCAUGAAUGUCAUCACUAUGCUUCAAUCGAUCUUGAUGAUUCAAUUACGUCCGGAUCAAACGAAGAGGAACGAAUCUAUAUGGCAAUGUAUGAUUUUCAAUCAACAAGUGAAGGUGUUCUUUCUUUACUUGUUGGUGAUCGAUUAAGAAUUUUACGUCGUAUUGAUGAUGGCGGUAAUGAUGAUUGGUGGUAUGUAGAAAAAGUGAAUGAUACAAGACAGCGUGGCUAUGUACCGGCUAAUUAUAUUCAAACAGCUUGA